AUGAGUAUCACCAAACGAAUGCAAGCCCUGCUGAAUAAGCCGCCUGGGCUCCCACAUCCUCGACCAACGGUGUCAGCCUGGCAGGAACCACGUCAUCCGACAGUUGGGGCAACUCAAUCGUCCAAGCUACCAUCUGAAGUCGACGUUGCCAUCAUUGGGUCUGGGGUGACUGGCUGCGGCGUCGCGUACACACUGCUGAAUCACCCAAAUGCUUCAAAACUCCGGGUUAUCAUUCUCGAGGCGCGCGAAGCAGUCAGUGGUGCCACGGGCCGCAACGGAGGUCAUCUUGUGUCAAAUGCAGAUGACCUAUUUCCGCCAGUGGCUGAAGCAAUGGGGAUGGAAGAAGCAAAGAGUGUAGCACAUCUGAGCGAAAGAACAAUUGCUCGGUUGAAAGAGAUUGUUGCUGGCUUGAGCAAAGAGGAUCAAACAGCAGUAGAACUGCGAUGUCUGGCUAGUACCAUUGUGUUUGAGGAUAUGGACACUUUUCGGGAAGCUCAACAGGCGAUUGAAUUUGUCCAGCAAAAUAAGGACCAGUCAGCUUACGCACUACCAGAAACGAUGGUUUCCGUGGAACAUGCUAUUGAAAAGUGGAAAUACACCUCGAAUAUUGUUGGUGCGGCUCAACAAACGGGUGCCGCUGCAUUGUGGCCAUACCGCCUGUUUACAGCCCUGUACAAAAUUCUGCUGGAACAGAACCCCGGCCGAUUUACAUUGGAGACCAACACGCCUGUUACUUCUAUCAUCCAUGAUUCGAAGGCUGCUAAAGAUAACGCAGCGUAUUUGCUUCAGACACCUCGAGGAUCAAUUCGAACUCGCCAUGUCAUUCACUGCACAAACGGCCACGCCGGCCACUUGAUCCCGGGACUGGUAGGGAAGCUGUGGCCAGUACGGGCGACUAUGUCGCAUCAGAAAAUGGGACCCUCAUUUCCACAGCUAGGGGGCCAAUUUUCUUGGACCUACCGAAACAAGCCAAGUCUAGAUCCAUCCACGGGCAUCACCGAUAUCGGAUUAUACUACGCUCAGCAAAAUGCCCGGACAGGUGAUCUCUGGAUUGGUGGUGAAGUACAGAAAAUCGAUGAAAUGCUGAGCGCGGAUGAUUCGGUUGUUUCGGAGCUUGCCAAAAGGAACCUAUGCUCCGUGGUGCCUAAGAUUUUGCAUGGCUCUGGGCCAGUUGAGCCUAUAUCUGUCUGGUCUGGUAUCAUGGGCUUUACUGCUGAUGGACUACCACUGGUUGGGCAGCUGCCUCCAGCUUUUACAGAGCGUGCGGGUGGUGGUGAAUGGAUUGCCGGUGGCUAUAACGGGCAUGGUAUGGACAAGGCCUGGUCAUGUGGCGAAGCGGUUGCUCAAAUGAUUCUGGGUGAGCAGCCGCCAUCAUGGAUGCCGAAGUCAUUCUUACUAGGUGAGGGGAGGCUUAAGCUCAUCAUUGAGCAAAAUGAGCAAAGUCUGCCAUCUAUGUUUCUCGAAAGAAUGGGGAUUCUUCACGGCGACAGUACUGAUUCUCUCAUGUCUCGCUUAUAA